GUAGGUACCAUAUUUAACAUACAAGUUUUCCCUGGUGCUGUGGUCAAUCUGCAGGUUUGAGAUGGAAGGACUUGUCCUGAUUAUUCUCAUUGUUUUGUCACUGAUUGCUAUUGGAGCAACGAUUGUUUAUUUAUUGAACUAUAUUGGAUAUUUUUAUCGAGUCCGUGUUUUCACCGGACCGUCGAUAGUCUCAGAGAUGAAGGUUGCUUAUAAGUAUUGCGUUGGAAAUUACAAUGCUUGCGGUUCCUACUUCUCAGAGGCUGCAAAUAUCUGCCCUGAUGAGAGACUGCUGGGAAUUUAUUAUGAUGAUCCUAAGAAGGUCGACCCAAAUCAGUGUCGUUAUAUAGUUGGUAUAAUUCUUGCUGAGGGGUCGAAGGCUAAAGAGGAAGUAAAUGAGGAAGUGGAGGGUAUAUUAGAAGAGAGAGGUUACAAAUUCAUUAUUUUUCCAAAUGUCGACUUUUCCGUGAAGACUUCACAUCCAUAUGCAAUUCCUAUGUCCGCUUACUUUGGGGCAACCAAAGCCUACCCUGCGAUGGAAACGUAUAUACAGAGAGAGAAACUCUGUGCUCGUCCAUUCCUUGAGAUUUAUGAUGAAAAUACAAUCCACUAUAUGGCGCCACUGAGCAAGCAAGUUGAAUUUUACACAGAUGAAGUAAAAGACCUGAGAUAAUGUUAAAAUGUGGCAACAUACUUUAUUAGUUCAAAAUUGACACUUUCAAAAUUGACACUGUUUUUAAUAAGGUGUGAAACACCAUUGCUGAUAGCGGUCACACAGCAUUAGAUUUGACUGUCUAUAUCAGGGCUACUCAACUGUUUCACCAAAGGUCCGUUCACGAAACAUCAAAAUUACUGGGGUCUGAUCAUUACAGAAUAUUUAAUUUUUAAAUCAAAUAAUCUUAAUGAAUGGCCUAAAAUAUGGACACAAAUGUCGCACAUUGGUGCCAAUCUGGCAAACUGUAUAGCUGUGUAUUUAAAUAGUAUUGAAAUCAACUGAAACUAUCAAACGGUAUUUAUGCUGCCAAAAUAAACAAGCAGACGCAGUCCAAGUUGAAAGGCUGAAAGAUACGGAUUCGAACCACAGUCGACCAGGUCUAUAUUACUCAUCUCGGAUCCAAAUCCUGCGACCGCCACCCAGUGUGUAAUAAAUUAGGUAGACAAUGUCGAACCGGUAAGAAUUCGGCUCUUUUCAAAAAUAAUAAUAUCCUCCUAGAUAUCAGUGGAUGCCUAUAAGGGCCCCUGUUUGAAGAAAAGGGAGUGGAUAAACGUCAUAUGAAAAAGGCUCUAGACGACAUCUAUUUGUACUCCCGUAGUAUAUGUACCAGGUUAGGGUUAGGCCAUAAUUUUAUUACGAGUUUCCUUAUUGUGUCUGUGUUAGCCAAGUGAAUAUACCCCCUGCCCAUAGGUUUCAGUCCCUCUAUACAACUUGAUGUAAAGUAGGCGAACAAAAUUAGUUACCUCCAUAAUGGUGGACAUAAUUUUGGUGCGCCCAUCUAUUGAGUCAUACAUUUAUAAUGGUUUGCAAUUUUUAAGUGAUAUUUCUAGCACGACGCUAGAUAGUAAUUUCAUACCUUUCUGAGGGGGUUUACUUUUGGACACAAAAUGGAUCUUUAGUUAUUUUGGUGUUGUUGAUUGUUGUUAGUACUAGAAUGAAAGUUACAUGACAGCUGGCCCAUCACUCAUUUUACCAAAACUCUUUCCACUGGUAGUUAAAAAAAAAAUAUGUGAUAUUUAUUCUGAAUUGAUAGUUUGUUGUUUUCACUGUCUUUAAUCGUUAUUUUUUGAGAGGUUUCACAUUUUAAUUGUUGUAUUUAGAAGGUUUAAAUCGUUCAAGUUAAGACAUUUUUGUGAAUUUCUACUUUAACACCCUUAUAAAUUCCUCUGAAUAUGAAGCCCUCUCGCUCUGAAAAUACUCUAUGACAAUGUGCCUUCACAGUCAAAAUGAAGUUUCGUGAUCUUUGUCGUAAUGUCUGCACGCCUAAGUUCGAAGCUAUCUAUCUAUUUACUCAUUUAGAAAACUCCACUUCCGCUGCAAGAAAUGAGAUUUCUUGCCACUAGUGGUACAAAGAUACCAUAGAAGGCGAUAAAAUGUUAGCCAUGACAUGUUCAAUUAUUUAUUUUUUGCCACUGAACUAAUUUUUUGUUUUUUAUUUCACUGAAUUAAUAUACUGUUAAAAUAUGUAUAUUCAAGAUGAAAAA